GUUGGAGCAUGCAGAAACAAACCUCAUUGAAGGAGAAAAACGUAGCCUUGGUCCUACCGAGUCUCCUGCCAAGUCUACCCGUAGUAUUUCUCCUCCUCGUAGUCCCACGCGGUCUGCUCGGAGCCCCUCACCAUCAAAACCUUAUAUUGAACAAACCGAUAUGUACCUUGGUUCUAACGGCGGUGAUUAUACCUCUCCGUUGACUCAGAACAAUCACAUCUCCCUUACUCCUCGCUCUCCUGCGCGCUCCGCACGUGGUCUCUCUCCGACACGUAACCCUUCUCGACAGGCUCGUGAGCUCUCACCUGCUCGCUCAGUAAGAGGAGAGGAAGGACACAAGAGACUUUUGGAUCCUCAAAAUGAGCCUGCCGAAGUAAAUUGCAUCUCACCGGUCACGCAGAGUACUCAGCCAGUACCUAGUGAUGUUCCUCCCUGUUCUCCAGCACGACCAACGCUUUCUAUGUCUCCUCCAGCCCAUCAGAACGCUCAGCCUUAUGACUCGCCAGCUCAUUCGCCGACGGUACCUAAGCAAGUCACCUCUUCAAUUCAGCAAACCAGAUCAGAUCCCACUGCUACAGCAAAUCGCGAUGUUUAUAUCCCUCCUGGUCAAUCAGCUUCGCGAGCUGACCAAAUCAGAGCUCCCGUUCGGGUGGAUAGCGCAGACAUUUCCAGAGACCCACCUCCCUCCUAUAAUACCAAAUCUGGCGGUUGGUUUGGUGGAUGGGGAAAGUCAAUUACGGCGGCAGUUAGUUCGUUGGAGGAAAUGGCAGAACCGCAAGCUCCUCCUCCCCAACCAGCAAAACCUACCCUGGGUUGGGGUAGUUCAGCUCCCAAACCUGCUAGUGCUGAGUUUAGUUUUGGGUCUGGUGGGUCUGCCUCCGCACCUAGGAACACUGGCUUUGGGUUUGGUGGAGGUCUUCCUCCCAAACCAUCAGAUACCGAAUUUGAUUUUGGCGGGAAACCUUCUUCCAAGCCAUCAGAAACUGGUUUUGGUUUUGGUGGAGGUCUCCCUCCCAAACCGUCUGAAACUGGAUUUGGGUUGGGUGGCAGCCUCCCACCGAAGCCAUCAGAGACUAGUUCUGGUUUUGGUGGACAUCUCCCUCCUAAAACCUCAGACACUAGGUUUAGAUUUGGCAGCGGCCUUCCUCCGAAGCCAGCAGAAACUGCCUUUGCACCUGGUGUAAGUCGCCCGCCCAAAUCGUCCGAAACUGGGUUUGAAUUUGGUGGUAAUCUCCCAUCUAAGCCACCACAAACCAAAGAUGUGUUUGAGUUUAGUCGAUCAGCUCCUAAGCCUGUUGAGACAAAGGAAGCUCAAGGCAUUAGUUCCCCAAAGGAGUCAACCGACAUUGGACUUCGCCAGGAUGCUAAUGGAGAGCCAGGAAACGAAGACAUAGAAGGUUCAACUCCAACCUCCACAGAUGCGAUUCCUGAUACCAAUCAUACUGUUGGAGCAAUCGAGAUAUUCGAACCAGAACGAGAAGGAAAAGUCACGAGCCCGACAAGCUCAAGCUCCUUGACCUCGCCCACGUUUGCACCAUUCAGGCUUAUGGAGGAGUACCGUCGAACUCUCCGACUUCAGAAUUCUAUUAGAAAGCGCAUGGAAGAGUAUAUUGAUGAAAGAGAGGCCGAGAUGAACAGGAGAGAGGAAGAAGCCAAAGAGGCCUUACCCAAAAUACAAGAGGAGAAGGAGGCUACCAGAAAUACGAAUGCUAUUAUGAAGGAGAUGAUAACCCAAGCUGAUUAG